AUGAGUUUCGGCUCAGUAUUAGUAGUCAGUGGAGCUGUAUUACUUGUAUUCUGGCCUACUAUAUUCUUCUCACAAUUGAAACGAAUGCUGAUAUUAACGCCAGAGUCAACAUCCUUUGGCAUUUGGAAAGACAUACCCAUACCUAUGUACCUCGAGAUCUUUAUGUUUAAUAUUACAAAUGUAGAAGAUAUUCUGGCGAAGAAAAAUGUAUCGAUAAAAGUGGAGCAGAUUGGCCCUUACGUGUAUAGAGAAUUUCAUAAAAAGAAAAAUAUAACUUGGAACGACAAUGGUACUGUCACGUACUACAACGAAAGGAUCUGGCACUACAUGCCUGAGAUGUCGAACGGCAGCCUGAGUGAUAUUAUUGUUAACAUAAACCCAAUAGUGGCGACGGUAGCAUACAUAAUGCGUUUCCAACCCACAAUAUUUAAAGUGUCAGUCGACGUGUUCAUGAGAAUGUAUCAUGAAGACAUGUUCCUCAAGGCGAAUGUGUCUCAGUGGGUUUUUGAAGGCAUCGACGACCCCAUAUUGGAUAUAGCUCAGCGGUUCCCAGAAUUACCUAUUAAUAUACCAUAUGAUAAGUUUGGAUGGUUUUAUACGCGUAACGGUUCCCUAGAGUACGACGGCGUAUUUCUCUUGAAUACAGGAGCGAUGGACUUUUCUGAGUUAGGAAAUGUGGAGAAAUGGAGGAACUCAAACAGGACGUACUAUAGGGACGAGUGUGGGGAAGUGAGAGGGUCGACUGGGGAGUUGUGGGCUCCUGAGCUGGGCCAGCCAGAAGUUACAGUAUUUGCACCAGAUAUAUGCACAUACAUGAACUUGGCUAAAUCAAAAGAUGUCAGGAUACAAGGUAUCGACGGAGUUCUUUACGCUGCCAACGAAUCGUUUUUCGACAAUGGAUAUCGCUAUCCUAGGAAGGCAUGUUACUGCGACGAAGUGCGUGACAACAACUGCCUGCGGCCCGGCGCCCUCAACGUGUCCAUGUGCCGCUACGGAGCGCCGGCCUUCGUCUCGCAGCCGCACUUCUUACACAUGGACCCGUACUAUGCGAGUAAAAUAGACGGCCUCAACGCUACUGAAGACAUGAACUUCCAACUCGCUUUGGAGAUGUAUACGGGAAUGCCUUUGACAGUUUCUGCGCAGUUACAAAUAAAUCUACUCAUAAGACAUGAACCUGGAAUGUCAUUAAACAACCAACUUCCGGAUCCGGACACGUUAGUUCCGAUGUUCUGGUUCAGACAGGAAGUGGUCAUAAACGACGAAUACGCGAGGUUGGCGCGAACAGCUCUAAACUGGCGUAGCGGAGUGCCUUAUGGACUGUAUGCCUUUACUGUAAUCGGAGUUGCAUUAUUGGUAGCUGGUAUUUACAUACUGAUGAGAAAGUUAUUGAAAACGACAGACGCUACGCCAAUAUUAGAAUCGCCACACGAAGACAUACGU